AUGGCCUCAUUUUACUACCUAAAUGCGGUAAUUUUCCUCGUGUGUUGCUCAACAACAACUCUUGCCGAAGAAAUUUCAACAUCUCAGCCUAGAAACAACACUUUCAAUGGAACAAUUACUUCGGUCGUCUGCAAACCUCAUAUCAGCAAAUCAGAAAUCGAAGAAGUGUUGCGUUUGCAAUAUAAUUCCACCACAAAUACCGUUAAAAUAAAAGUUUCUGUUGUUUCUGAAAAUGAGACUCGAUAUCUCCCAGAAAUGACGUGGCUUUGGGCGAGUGAAAUUGGUCGUACCAUAAUUUCUUUGGUUAGGCGCGCCAAAGAUACGAUCUUCGCUUCACCUAUCUUUACUUCGAUAUUAGAAAUCGGAACUGAAGAAGUGGAUAUUCAAAUCACGGAGAAAACAGAUGCUUGUUUGCCACCUGGGGAAGAAGGAUCGGAUCGGAUUUUUGACUUUCUUUUGCACCAGCUUUCACAUAGUAAAGACACACCUGUUUAUAAAUUGUGCCGAGUCCAUCAAGAUGAAUCGCUGUAUGCAACAUACAACUGUUGUCAAAUAACCGGUGAUAGAAACUUGGUAGUCUGUAGUGCUGAUUAUUUGUCUGUUGUGGUCAAAUUUGCUGCUCCGGCAGUACUAGGCAUAUUUUUAAUAUCCUUUUUCAUGGUUUUUCCCUUUGUGCACGAGUACAUUAUGACAUAUCCUCCAAAAAUUAAGGAUUAUAAAACUUCUGAGAGCCAUAUGUCUCUUAUUUCCGUUGCAUCCAUGAUACUUUUUUAAGGACGCAGACCAGCCACUUUAUUCAGACGAUGUUUAUUCGUAGGACUGUCAUUAUUACUGGUGAUUCCUCGUGAUUUCUUUGGGUCUCUAUUGUUGAAAGUUGUAUUUUGUGUAUGGGCUGCGGCUUAUGUCCUAUCGUUCUAUGUGCAAAUGACGCCCAGAAGAUGUCCGAGGGAAGACGCUAGGCCGAAGUGGGAUGAGUACAUAAUCUCCUAUUUGACAAUUCCAUUCAAACUUCCUUUUUCCUACAUCAAAAGAAGAGACAAACGGUGCGAGGAGUGUUCGUGCUGCAAGGGUUCGUGCUGCAAUGGUUCGCGCUGCAAUAAUUCGUGCUGCAGGGGUUCGUGCUGCGGAGGUUCGUGCUCUCAAUGCUCUAAAUGCUCCAAGGAUAUGUUGUGUACAUGUUGCCAGAGUUCGUUCCGCGAAUAUCUAAAGCAUUUGUUUUAUGGUAUUGGUAUUUGCAUUUUGAUAAUCCUUUAUUUUUUAGUUUGUUUUCCAUUUCUUAUGAUUUUGUUUUUGACAAAAUUUAUUUUAUUUGACUUAUUAAUGUCCUUUUUUCCCCGACAUUGUUGUCCAUUAAAACCAAAGUUAAGCUACUUGCUAAUUCCUAUAAAAAUUCUAACUUUAUUCAAUAUCGUCUUUUUCACGGGUAUGAUUCUUAUUUUCGCUCUUUUCACAGUUGUUGGUUUGACUCUUAACGCUGAAUAUUUUAGUCCUUUUUUGCCCCCAUCUUUACUCUUUUGGUGUACUUUUUGAAAAAUUGGAAGUUUUCUGUAGAAGCAAAAUAUUUGCAACUUAAAACGUUAAUUAUCAAAGUUUGCAAGAAGAAAACCCCUCCCACAGAAGAUGAAAAUAUCUCAGCGAACUCCAUUACAAAUAUAAAUGCCAAAAAUAACAAUGAAUCGACCAUGUUUGGUCGUGUUUGUGAUAUUCUAUGCCCAUGCAUACGAGAUACCAGUAAAGAUCCACACACAUGGAGGAGUUUAAAAAACCUGUGCUCGUGCUGCACGAAAUCCACUUUGGCCUACAAGAAAUAUUCUCUCUGUGAAAAUAUAGAAAUAGAAACUAUUCAUCCCAAUGAGCCUUCAACAUCAGGGAACGGUGACAACGCAGACUCGGAGUUAGCCAAUAUCAAUGAGAGCGGUAAAGAAGAUGACAAACUCGUUAUCGAAUUUGACGAAUUAAAUGGCGAGGCAAAAAUAUCGAAAGAACUUUACGAAAAAGUCAGCGAAAUAAUUCUUCCUAUGGACCACCUUCUGUUUUAUUUCUUCAGAAGAGUCAUUUUCGUUGGUUUGUACGCUUUCGUGAUGUUUACCGUCAUGAUUCUAGCGCGGGAAUCAGGCAUUUCUGGUAGUGUGCAGGUAAUGAGUGCUAUUGCAGGCGGCCUGAUACCCUUUCUUUUUGACACAAGUUUGGACGACAGCAGUUUAUCAGAAAAGAUGUCCAGGAUUAUGGCAACAAAGGAAAAACUUGAACAUAUCUUAAAAGUUAAAAAACGUGAAAACAACAGAAUUUUUGUAGAGUUGAUUAAUAUUAACGACGGUGAAAUUAUCGAAGAUCCCGUUGGCGUUGAUUCUUAA